AUGAAUGGCCACAAUCCUCCGUUACAUGACAAACAGAUUGCUUUACAGUCGUUUACGCAGCGCGUUGGUGCUUGGCCGGAUGACGAUUGGUCCGGCGUUACCGAUCCAAAACAGCGCCGUAAGCUGCAGAAUCGUUUGAACCAAAGAGCUCGACGGUUACGGAACAAACGCGAUGGUGAGACGCAGCAGUCCUCGUCAGCGGCACUUGAUGCUGCUCACCCGGGUGAGAUGUCGCCAACGAAUACCGUUAUUACCGCAACAUCCUCGCCUAGCCUGUUGCGGGAAAUUGAUAAUGUGCAUAUCCUACAUCAAGACUUUCCAGAGACCAAAGUGAUGAUGCAACGUCUGGAGACCAUAGCACACUAUAUGCUUGGUUCUCCACGUACCGACCUUCUACUUCACCUUACCCAGCUCAAUUUUACCCGAGCACUUAUGGAGAACACUAGAAUUUUGGGACUCACCUCGGACACACUACACGACGAUGCCAUCUCCCCGUUCAAUACCGCUGGACCAUGGCAAUAUGACUUCGAAUAUGGCCUUCCUUCCACUCUUCAGCCCACCAUGGUCCAGCGUUCUAUAGAACACCAUCCAUGGUUGGACCUGAUUCCUGUUCCGCAAAUGAGAGAUAAUUUGAUCUGUGAUGGGGAGUGGUACGAUGAAGCACAACUAUGUCUUGACAUGAAGGGGAGUGGAAGCGUGCGCGAUGGAGGGGCAGGUAUCAUUGUCUGGAGGGAUCCUUGGGAUCCAGCGGGGUGGGAGGUCACGGAGGCAUUUGCCCACUCUUGGGGUUGGGUCAUUUGGAACUGCUACGAACUCUUCCAAUCUACAAAUCACUGGCGAGCAAAGCGGAAUGAGGACCCAUUGUUUCGUACGUGA